AUGGCAGAAGUCUCUUUUCCUUCCACCAUCACCGUCUCCCUCCCCGACCUCGCCAAGAUGAUCGACCAUUCCCUCCUCCAUCCAACCAUGACUGACGCCGACGUCCUCGCCGGCCUGGAAAUCAGCAAGCAGUAUGACGUCGCUACCGCGUGCGUGAAGCCGUACCACGUCUCGCUGGCCCGGGAGCAGCUGGCGGGGACGUCCGUCGGCGUGUGCCCUGUCAUCGGGUUCCCGCACGGCAACUCGACGACGAACAUCAAGGUGCUCGAGGCGCGCGAGGCGGCACGGGCGGGCGGCGCCGAGAUCGACAUGGUCGUCAACAUCGGCAAAGUCCUGUCGGGGGAGUGGGAGUACGUGAGGGAUGAAAUCAAGGCGAUCAACGACGCCGUCACGGCCGAGGGGGCCAUACUGAAGGUCAUCUUCGAGAACGACUACCUGCAAGACGAGCAUAUCGUCAAGCUCUGCCAGAUCUGUUCUGACGUGGGCGUCGCCUUCGUCAAGACCUCGACGGGCUACGGCUUCGUCAAGCAGCCCACGGGCGACUACAACUACAAGGGCGCCACUCUGCCGCAUCUGGCGCUGAUGCGCAAGUCUUGCUCUCCGAAUGUGCAGAUCAAGGCGGCCGGUGGCGUGAGGACGUUGGACGACUUGCUACGGGUCCGGGCACUGGGUGUGUCCCGUGUCGGGGCGACAGCUACGGUCGCCAUCCUGGAAGAGGCCAAGAGACGGGGGAUCGGCCAGGAGAGGGUGGAAGUGCAGGUUCCGUGA